AUGCAGCCCCCUUUCCUGCUGCUUCGUUCCGCUCACAAGCGAGGGCGACGCCAGCGCAGCCGUAGCCUCAGACUGCCCGGUCAGUGCGUGCAGCCCAAACAAGACGGAACAGGCGCAUGCGCCCAGGACGGCAACCCAACAAAAAGAGAGACGCCAACUGCGUUCGCUCGAGGCUCUCAGCGGCGCAUGCGGCACCCCCCAUUGGAGCCGCACGCCAACCAAAAACGAUGGCACCCAAAAAAACAAAGGGAAAAACACCACGCCAAGGCACAAAAACAAUUUCAGAAAUUCGGUUUGUCCCCGACCUCUGGGCUGUGGUGGCGCCUCAUUUGCUUCCCUGCCUGUGAGCCCACUCAGCAUGCAAAACUUACCCUCUCGCCCAAACUCUCUGCAGCAACAAACUGGGAACAGCGAGGGGAUAUCACCAAUGGAAUACUGCCGGCGUACACCCACAAGGCGCCAUCAUUCCCCACGCAAUUU